AUGUGGAGUGAAUGCAAAACACAUUUGCUAACUUUCGGAAACCUCCAAGGGGAAAGAAAGUGGCCUUUGAAAGUAGACGCGGAGGCGAUGGAAAUUCUACUGCCAAAGCUGGAAGAGGAAGAAGAAGAGUCUCGGAGGAAGGAGGAGAAACUGAAAGAGUUAGAAAAGGAGAAACGUAAAAUGGGGCCACCAGAAGACAUGACUGUCUUCCUUCUCAAAGAGGUGUUAGACAGUCUAAAUGUGACCUAUAGAUCCAACGAAAAAAAACCAGAACUUAUAGCAAAAGUCCGUCAAGCUCGUGAGAACUUACAGGAAGGAGAAACUCACUCAACCUCAAGAUAUAUUGGAAAGAAGAAGAGCAGAAAAUUCAAAGCCUGCUUAACUUUGAAUAAUAACAUAGCUUGCUUAUACUAUUACGAUGAGAGAAAAGAGAAACUUCUCCAGAUCCUUUCUCACCUAUUGUUUCUCUUGGAAAUUGUUGGAGCAUAUUUGCAAUGCAUUCUUUUCGUACAAAUUGUAACUUUUAUUCUCGCGGUCUAUUGCCUUUUGUUGUGUCAUUCAUGUGUAAUGACCUUUUUUGCUCACUUGAUUCAUUUACGUCGCGUGUGGAUGGAGGUGUUAUCUUCUUGGCUGUUCGCUCAAGUUAAUUUACAACAAAUACUUGGUGAAACAGUUGUUACUUAUUAG